AAGAAGCUCGCCAGAAAUUCAGGAGCUAGCCCUUGAGUGACUCUCGCGUAGUCGCCCCAAAGACCUAGUUGGAACGAGAUCGCUUAUGGGAUGCUUGGACGAUUUACUUUCAAGAUGUUCAUGAUAUCGAUCCCGAUAGUAUUUGGAUUAGCCUCUGUGAGGGUGAUGAUGUCUCAUACUAUAUACGCGAGUUUUUUGCCAUGUACAUCGAGAAUUCUACCUUCGAACGACCCUGCCUCGGACCCGAAGAAUAUAAGAAGAUACGGGGCCUCAAUUCGGCCGUUUCAACUGAGAAUAUGUGGAAAACACUGAUUGGGAAAGCCGAAGCUGGCGUCCUUCAGCGGAAGAGGAGGGAAGAUCCUGCAAAUAGGGACAAGUGGUCUUUAUUUGCGAAAAAACGCCGCCAUGGGCCUUUGUAUGAAAUUUUCAAGUGGAUCGGGGAAGGGGCGUCUAUAGAACACAAUCUUACCCGCCGACAGACCUUCGAGAAGAAGGAAAUGACGCCGGAAGAUAUAAUGGUCUUACUUGGGACGCUUUGGAAAGAAGCAAGGCACAUCCCCUGCACUCCACAGACACGCAUAGCCUUUCAUGGCGCCGUUCUCGUCGCUGGUAUCGGAGGGUUUCGGCCUGGGGAGGUGAUGAAUCUCACUUAUGGACAAGUCGCUUUUGAGGUUGUGCGAGACCCCCUCAACCCUUCUAAGAGAAGACUGGUUGCAGCGAUUACGAUUGUACACAAUAAGCAGAGAGUGACUCUGGUCGAGCAUACCCAACACAGAGUGUACGUUUCAUUUAUGUAGUGCCUCGGCGUCUAGUUUCAGUAGCGGCCCAGGCUUGAUAUUCGGAUAGGGCAAAUGGGUUCGUACUGCUACUAGCCUCGCCAUCCUUUGGGAUUUUGGAACGUGUUCGUGAACUCAUGAUGCGUGGCGACGCCAAAAAAAAAAAAAAAAAAACCCAG